CAAAUCUUCGAGGAAGGAUAUUUGACGUAGUUCAGGUCAAGACGAAGCCAUUUCACCAUGUCCGACGCAGCGAGCAGUGUGAAAUCCGACACUGCCGCCUUUGCGCGACUCGACGCCAGCAGCCCUGUGAGUAUCGGCCUCGCCACUGCAGGCCUGCUGACAGCCAUUGUGAGCGUAUUGCUGCCCUUCACCAUCCCGAUUCCCCUCCCCGGCGCCCUCUCGCGGCGACUCAAGGUGCCCUUCAACUACGUGACGGUGCCUGCGACGGUGGCGUGUCUGCUGGCGGCCUCUGGGGUGGUGCCGAGGAAGGUGCUGGAGCUGGGAAUACUCGGGGAUGACAGCGUGCAGGUACGUCUGCAGAAGGGAGGGAGAGAGGGGAGGUCACAGGGUGUGCCUGUACGUGUUGUGUUGUGUUGUGGUGAUGGGAUGGUGUGUGCAGCCACUGGCCCUUCUCGCCUUGUUCUUGGCCGUGGCGUACCUCUCCCUCUCUCUAGACGCGUCAGGAAUCUUCGAGCACCUCUCACAUGUGGCCACGCGCUUCUCCCGAGGCUCCGGGCGGCGGCUGUUUGUGAUCCUGUUUGUGCUGUCGUCUCUGCUGACGUUCUUCGUCAGCUCCGACAUCGUCAUUCUGACCCUGACGCCCAUCAUUUUGUACCUGGGGAGGAGCACGGACGCGGACACGGUGCCGUAUCUGCUGGGUCAGUUCUUCUCGGCCAACAUAUGGGGGAGCGCUCUGUAUGUGGGGAACCCGACCAACAUCAUCAUUGCUAACGCUACCGGGAUUGACGUGCUGGCCUUCUCAAAGUGAGUGACUGACUACGGGAGAGAGAGAUACAUGUGUGAGAUGCACUGCACCCACUGUCUGCGCAACGUGCAUGUGGGUGUGGUGUGGUGUGGUCAUGUUUGCAGGCACCUGGCUGUUCCCACCAUUAUAGCUGGUUUCGCCGCCUUCGCCACUGUCUACUUCAUCUUUAGGCCCAAGGCAAGUCACACAAUACAAUACGCACAGACAAGUCACACACAGCACAGUGAUCAAGCAAGCACACUCUCAUCCACCCACUGUGUGGUGUCCUCCCUCCCUCCCCCCUCUCUGCCUCCUUCAGCUGCCCGUCUACCUCCCUGUCGGCAAGGCCGCCACCAAGUCGGCCCUCAAGCAGCCCCGGCGCGCCAAGGCCGGCAUGGCCAUCCUCGGCACCUGCCUCGCCCUCAUACUCAUCUCCGACUUCCUGCCCCUUGACGUCUGGCAGAUCGCCGUCAUCUUCGCCGCACUCAUGAUGACCAUCGACUUCGUGUUCGACCUCUGCACCGCCAGGCCCUCUCUGUCAACCACCUCGGGGGCGAAUGGUGCUGGCGAGAAAGACGAGAUGACGCCGGAGGGGCCCUCGCGGCGCAUCAGCACGGCAUCGACGGUGACCGGCUUCGGCGACCGGUGUGACAGCUGGAUGUCGGCCAUCUCGCCGCAGCCGUCGAUGGCCGACUUGUCGGCGGCCGCCACCACCCUGGCCGAAGACAAGCCGUCCAAACAUGACCCACGGGGCUCGGCGCGGUGGCAGGUGGACCGUCUGCCCACUCUGAAGGAGCUGCCGUCCAUCGCCCCUUCCGAGGUCUCCGAGCGCGCCCUGGAAACAGCCGACGUCGAGCUGGGUGGAGUCACCUUGGAGGCCGGGGAGAACAAGAGUGCGGCGGGCCGCUCACGGGCACAUUCGCACCCACAGUCGACAGUGCUGCCUCCGCUGGUGGCUGAGAGUGACGAGAAGGAGGGUGGUGGGGAGGGAGGGGGCGACGGUGAUGACGACGAUGAGAGCGACGUCGAGUCUGGCCCGGCCGACGCUAUCGAGGAGGAGAUGAAGGACGGGGGAUCGCCGGACAGCGACACAGAGACAGGCCACGUAAGGCGAAACAAGCUGCUGCUGAUGGCAUCGCAUUAACCGUUGCGUGUGUUCAUGUGGUCAGGGUCACGUGAUUCACCGCAUCUGCGUCCAUGAGCGUGAGCACCAGACCUCCCCCCCUCCCCCCUCCCCGCCAGGCGGCGGCGGCGGGGGCCGUGUGGUCGGCCGCACCAACAUGAACACCCUUCCCCCCCGGGUCAUCACCACCAAGGGCGGCCUCAAGUUCAUCCACCAGUCGCCACAGGUCACUGCAGACGGACCCCCCCUGCCAAUCAACACACACACACUCGGAUUCAACGUCAAGCGCGUGGCGUCGGACCAGCAGACCUUCGCUUCUCGCUUCGACACGGACAGCACUCGGGCGACUGAGUUCGACAUAGACGGGAUGGUGUCGCGGGAGCAGCUUGAGAUGGAGGCGGGCGCGGAGUGGCUGGGGAAGUGGUGUGUGGUGCCUGCGAGGUUGGUGAAGCGGCGGCUGCCGACGGUGUGCGGGACGCUGGGUCAGCUGCCGUGGCAGCUGGUGCCCUUCCUCCUGGCAAUGUUUGUGCUCAUACAGGAGAUGCAGGAAAUCGGUAAGCAAUCAGAGAGAGAGAGGCGAAAAUCGUCAUGUGACGGUGGGGGAGAAUGGUCUCUCUGUGGGUCCCAUUUCAUCAUCAGGUGUGACGAGCGUGUUGUCGUGGGGGCUGGGCCGGGUGCUGGAGCGGAUGGAUGUGUUCUCGGCGUCCCUGGUGGUGGGGCUGCUGGGCACGCUGUGCUGCAACCUCCUCAGCAACCAGCCCAUGAGCAUCCUCUUCGCACACAUGCUCAGCAACACACACUUCAACGUAGGCGGACCACCUCCACCUCUCCACACACACUCACACACAGACCCGCACGCACCCCAAUGGUGCACGUGUGCUGAUGUGUGUGUGUGUCGAUAUCAGGUGUCCCCCGUGUUGCUGCGCAGCAGCGCCCUGUCGGCCAUCUUUGCGUCCAAUGCGGGCGCGAACCUGACGCCCAUCGCCACGCUGUGCGGCGUCAUGUGGCUGCAAACCGUCAAGAGGAAGGGCACACAAAUCAAAGUAAGUACGCCAUGAGCAGAGGGAGAGGGAAUGAUGACACGUGUGUGGGUGUGAUGUGAUGUUUCUCUGUCUCUCUGUGUACGUAGUGGCGGACUUUUGUGUCUUACGGGAGUGUGGUGACGCUGGUGCUGCUGGUGACGGCCUCGGGCAUGAUUGCCGUCGGCUCGCUGAUCGGCAUGUGAGCCAGCCAUGUGAAUACUAGGCGAUCGGCGUGUGCGUGCCUGCAUGCCUCUGUCGAUGUGCGCUGCCAAACCCAAGAGCAAGGCCAAAGCAGGAGGCAAAGGUAGGAAACCGGGAAUUCUCCCGGUUUCCUACCUUUGGUUUUGGCAUUGGCCUCGAUCUUGGCUUUGGCAGCGAACGGUCCUACUCGCUCCUGUCUUCCCAUUCACUCACUCAUCGAUGUGCGCUGUGUUUUUCUGGCCAUGGUGCAUUCAAUGGAAAGGUCCGGAUCACCUCACCGUGAGGGACAUGACAUCCCGGGCCCUUUGUUGGUGUGAUGCGCUGACAUGGUACGUGUGUUUGUGCUGCAUGGGUGGG